AAGUGAGCUCGCACGCGGCGCGCCCACACAUACAACCUCACCCGUCAUCGCAGUGAACAUGAAGCUUUUGGUAGCAACACUGUUGCUGGUAGCAGCAUGCCAAGCAGAAGUAGCCAGAAGUAAGCAGAAGGAAGACAGCAGGACGGAGAGAAGGGCAGAGGAUGGGGUUGUUCAGAAGAGGGCGCCCGCCAUUUUACCCACAGUUACACCGGCCACCCCGGGAAUCGAAUAUGCUGACUCCAAAGACACACAGACUGAAAAAACUCCUAUCCGGCAAAUCUACGCUCAGCCGGUGUCCCAGGUGGCCAAGAUAUCUGACGUGCUGACCGGCCAGGGUCCUCCCUUCCCUGCCGCCAUCGCUAGCCAUCUCUUCUCCCCUAUUCCUGUUUAUCAGCCUCGUCUGUCAUCACCCACAACAUACGAGAUAUCAGCCCCAAUACCAUCCCAACUGGCGUACUCCGAGCACAAGAUCACCUACCAGCCCCAACAGAACGCCAUCCUGCAAGAGUACAACCCGAAGCUGCCCAACCCCAAGCAGGCCAUCGCUCGGCUGACGGUCAACUACCAACCGUAUCCUCAACAGUUGGCGCCGCAGCCGAUUGUGUAUCAGCCUCAGCCUAUUCAACAGUUCCCUGUUUAUCAGCAAGCCUUUAAUCAGCCGAUUCAAUACCAGCAGGCCCCAGCCUCUCAAUACCAGAACCAAGGAUACCAGCCGCCUCUCAUCCAACUGGUACAAGCUCAGCCUGGAAUCACUUACGCUGAUGGAGGCAUAAGUGAGGAGCAACAUCAAAGACCAGCCCAGAGAGAGCUGAAGACCGGACAACCUGAAGCUGUGAAGGCAGCGGAGGAGAGGGCUAAGCCACAACCACUACAACAACAGAACUACAAUGCACAACCUCAAGGAGCCGUCAGCUACGCCAGUUUCUCAGUAGGAGCCCCUGCCGCAAACUACGUUCAACCUCAACAACUCCAAUACCAAUCACAACAACAACAACCACAACAGCAAUUACAACAGCAACAAUAUCAGCAACAACAAGCUGAACAACAGCAGCAUCCUCAACAACAAAUUCAAUAUCAACCUCAGCCUCAACAAUAUCAGCAGCAGCAACAAUCUCAACAACAACUUCAAUACCAACCUCAACCUCAACUUCAAGUUAUCCAGUACCAACCUCAGCCCCAAUACCAAGUCCAACAACUACCCGUUCGGCAAAUCAAACCUGAAUCUCAAAACCUCAUCCCUAUCCAAACCAAACCGCGGCAGAUCUUCAUCCGCCAAGGACCUGUAGUGGUCCCUUACCAGGCCCAGGCUUACCAGGCACAACCUCCAGCCUACCAGGCCGCCGCUCCCCACUUCCCCCCAAUCCAGUACUUUGGUAAAUUCGCCCAAUCUAUUUUCGGGCAGUACCAAUGA